GAACUUUGUAGUGCUCUAGAGCAAGACCAUGCGAAGCUAAAAAUGGCCAAGGAAGCUGUAGAGCAAAGGACACAAGAGCUGAGGACAGAAAGAGAACUUCGUCAUAAAGACCUUGAGCAACAAAUGUCUUUAAACAUAGAUGAAGAGAAAUCCUGCCAGGUGGACAUUUUUUCAGCAAAGGAGGAAAGGAACAGAUUGAGGCAGGAGAAGCAGGUGCUGGAAAACAAGCUGGAAGAAGUGAGGAAGAGGGUCCUCUGGGAGGAUCCAGCGAUGAUGCUGCCUGCCUUGCCAGAGAAGAAAAUGGUGUUUAAGGGACUUGUGACAAACAAGGAGGACAUGAACAAGCUGAUGCUCACCCCACUGAUCCACUACCCUCUGCUGGGGGGCUCAGCUCUCAUCACCUUUGAGAAGACAGAGGUGGCGCAGAGGAUCAUAGAGCAGAAGGAGCACAUGGUGGAACUGAGCUAUGGGGAAGAGCUGGAGGAGAUUGACCGGUGCAGAAUGCGAGUGCAGGCAGCGCCGGUGGAUAUACUGCUGCCAUCUGCCCUGGAGAUCAGGCUGACUCGGAGCAGCAGGAGUAUCAUCGUGUCUGAGCUGCCCAGCCUGGGCAUCCCUGAGGAGGCACUGCUGGACAAGCUGGAGCUCUUCUUCAGCAAGACGAAGAAUGGGGGUGGUGAGGUGGAGAGCAGGGAGUUCCUGGACGACUCUGGCCAGGUGGUGCUGACCUUCGCACAGGACAGAGUGGCAGAGCCGCUAAUUGCGAGAGGAAGCAUCCAGGUGCUUAUUGGGAAAGGAAAGUACGAGCUCAAAAUAUCACCGUGUGUGAGUGGAGACAUCACUAACAUGCAG